UCCCUGGCCACAGAAGACUCUGUGACAUCAAAGAGGAGUUCUAUAGGAUUGCAGAUGGUCUGCAAUGCUGACUGUGUGAUCAGCAAUGUUGUGGCAAAAUGGCCUGGCUCAGUCCAUGACUCCAGAAUCUUUCGGGCCUCUGAAAUCUAUCAGUGCCUAUCACAAGGUGAAUUCUCUGGUGUGUUGCUGGGAGACAGGGGGUAUGGCUGCCAGCCUUUUCUCCUGACACCUUUCACAGACCCCAGGAAGCACAGCAGGCCUACAACCAUGCCCAUGCCAGGACCAGGGCCAGAGUUGAAAUGACCUUUGGCCUCCUGAAGGCACGCUUUCACUGCCUUCACAAAUUAAGGGUCAGCCCUGUUAGGGCAUGUGAUAUUACUGUGGCUUGUGCUGUCCUCCACAAUGUGGCCUGCCUGAGGAAGGAGAGGGCCCCAGAGUGCCACCAGCCAUGGACUGGGACAAUCCGGCAAUCUUCCCUGAUGACGACAGUGGUCGGCUGCUGAGGGACCAGUAUGUGUUGAA